UCAGUCACAUAUGUUUAGACAUUUCACAAGAUUAAGUUCAAAACGCAUUGUUCCUCCUAACGACAAGAGAAAAAAGAACAGGGGAAGAAAUUUAGAUGAAAAUAAUUUCGGAUGGAACUGGGGAGUAUGGAGAGGAAUCGCUUGGAGAUGUUUGUCCAGCAAAGUGUCAGAUGAAGGCGCUGGUAAGAGAACUUGGAAGAAGUGAUAUCGAAAAGAAGAAAUGGAGUGAAUAGUCAU